GUACGAGUACCUAUUAUGCAGCAAAUCCUGAGCAACACAAGCUCAAUGAGACCACUUUUCAGUCAACGAGGUCAAGCACGAGCUGUAUACACCAAUGCUACCUCCGGCCGCGACUACAGGAGAACGGCAAUGUCCAUGGGAUGUGUGGCACUGACGCUGCUCGCUUUGCUUACUCUAGCCCUCGUGCCCAUCGCCCGGCGUGUGUUUCUGGGCAUGGGCGUGGGCAUGGCACUGGUGUCCGUACCCAUGAGUCCCUCCUCCGCGAACGGCAGUACUGCAAGUACGACAACCGCUGAUGUGGACGUCGAGCACCGGCAGGGCGAGGUCCGCUACAGCGACGAGGAGUGGCGGCGGCGGCUGCCCUCCGAGUCCUACCAGGUGCUGCGGCGGGGAGCCACGGAGCGCAGGUGGACCAGCGCCCUCAACAACGAGAAGCGCCCGGGGCUGUUCAGCUGCGCCGGGUGCGGUGCGCCGCUGUUCAACACCUCUGCCAAGUUCGAGUCGGGCACGGGGUGGCCCUCCUUCUUCCAGCCGCUGCCUGGUGCUGUGAUGGAGGUCCCCGACCCCUCCCUGCUGUGGGGCCCCCGCACGGAGGUGCGCUGCCGGCGCUGCCAGGGCCACUUGGGGCAUGUGUUUGAUGACGGCCCCGCACCCACUGGGCUGCGGUACUGCAUGAACGGGGCGGCGUUGCGGUUUGAACCGUCGGGUGGCGGCAGCGGAGGAGCGAUGAGCAGCGGUAGCGGUGGAGACGGGCAGGGAGGGGCAGUGUCAGGAGCAGCGUGAGGGAAAGGGCGUGGCGGGGCGGCGCGUUGAGGCAGAGCAAGCGGAGUUGUGUUGUGUGAGAGGUGGUGGUGGGUUGUUGUGGCUGGUUGAGUGUUGUGAUACCGGUAUAUAGGGCGGUGGCGGCCGUAAGGUGUGAACAUAAGUUGCAGGGCCAGCUGCACGUUCAUAUGUAGGUGCCUGUAACUUCCACAUCUACCAGCGCUGUUGCCAACCGUCCAUAGCAACCGCCCCAGAUCCGUACAACAUCCUAUGUUUAACGGCCAUCUAACCAAGGAACGGCAC